AUGUCACAACAAGUUCCAGUCGAUGGGCACCCCAAAAGCUUCAAUACUAACGUCAAUCGUGCCAAGACGAAGAAAUGGAUGGAGGCCAAAUCAUAUUCCUAUGACGGUGACGAUUGGGGUGAUGUCGAUGACUACGACGAAUAUGGAGGCUACGAUGAGCCAGAGCCAGAGCCGGUGCCAGAAGCAAAACCUACAGGGCUCCGACAGCGAGGCCAGUCAGCGAGUCAGAUGCCCCAAGACCCCUACUCAGCCCGUCAAGAUCCCUACCAAGCACCAGUCGACACCAGAAUAUAUGGGAAUAAGGGUGGACCGCCAAGCCGGCAACAGCAGCAGCAGUAUGGCAGCCGCAGUGUCACAAAUCCCCAACCUCAAGCUCCCGCGAUGCGGAGGAUGAAUUCUUUCGACCCCGAAGACGAAAGGCGGGCCUUUUCAGCUGGCGGACCGCCGCAAAGCAUGGGAAACGCUAGCUCGGGAACUCCGCCCUCCUCUCAGCAUAAUCAAGGCCAGAACAUAGCAGCGCAUGACUUCCAAUCGGGUCAAAACUACCCCAAUCAACGUCUCCAAGGGCAGCCUAGCCCCGCUCGGCCUUCUGUGCAUACGCCGAGUCGUCCAAGCAUAGAUGAGCCGGCAAAAUAUGGAGGCCAGCCCCAACAGCAAGCUGGAAGUUAUCAAGGCAUACAUCCUGAUCAGCAACGACAAUCGAAUACGGGCGGUAGAACGCAGUCCAUGGCGAGCACCAACUCAGCACUAGAUUUUCAUAACAGACGUGAUUUCUCUCCCUCAGCCAUGCCACCACCCCUGCAAACUCGUGGGUCGCCUUCGCCACAUUCAAGAUCUUCUCCUAGUCAUCCACCGCGCAAGAGUAGUCUGAGCCAGGAGGCUGCGCCUUCUUUACCCUUUGGUGCACCAGCUCCACCAACGACUGGAACAGAAGAUACAGAGGACGGUUUACCACAUGCAGAUGAACGUGCUGCCAGUGGUGCUGCAAAGGCAUUGCCUUUUGUUCGGCCUGCAGAUAUAUACAGGCGCAUGCAAGAGGAGAAGGAGAAGGAACGUCAACCGCAAGACUCAGCAAGACCUAGCAUGGUUGCUAUCAUGGGCAAAACAAACGAGCGUCCAGGCCUUGGGAAUUCACAGGACAGCGAGGUCAGCCAGCGAUUAAAGCCAACUUUGGAUCCGGUUACAGAGCGGCGAAGCGAGUACAGCUUAGAGGGAGUGAACAUAAACGAGCAAUUGAAGCCUGAAGAGCGACGUCCUACGACAUCGAAGAAGUUCGAGUUGCCAAAUCGCAAAUCAAAUCCUGGUUCCCAAGGUGCCGGUAGUUCACUUCAGCCUAUGCUUCCUGAUGUCAGUCGGGUCUCCGGAUUUGGCGAAUCUUUCUUCGGUUCAACAAGUGGCUCUCAUGAGCCGUCGCAAGAGCUCUUCGUGAACUCUGCAGGAGCCACCACUUCCGCGCCGGCCCAGCAAGAACAGACUAAAGCAACACCAGAGAAGGAUUUGAGAAACCAGCCAUCUCUGGGAUUUACUUCUGCUGUACAUGAAGCUUUUGAUAGAGCCGAAGAUCAGGUACCGCCUACUCCGAGUUCUGCGGCAGGCUCUACAGUUGGACGUAGUACUAGCGGGGGUACCAGUGCCGUGAGCCCAAUCAUAAGCAGAGGCCCAAGUACGGCUGCGGAGAAUUGGAACCCCAGGCUUCCAGGGAUUGACGACGUGACCACUCCAACAACAGUCGAUACACCCGAAGGAAGCAGUUCAAGGCCAAUGUCUUCGGGUUCGCUAGGCACCCCGAAACAGAUUACAAGGAAACCGUCGCCGUCACCAGCAACGAUGCCGCAGUCGACGGACUUACCCUCACUGUCAUUCGUUCCAGGUCAUCGAAGAGAUCUAAGCACUCCGAGUCCAGACAACAGCCCUGCGAGAACACCAGCGCUUGAAGUCAAUCGGCAAUUACGACAACCGCAAGAAGUCGAGCUUGCUGCGGCGACUCCGACUGACCCAAGCUUCAGUACCAAUAAUAGCUCAAACGUGUCUGAGGUUGCUGAACAGGACUCAAUUCCAACACGCCCAACCGAAAUAGCGUCAAGAGGCAGAUCCGACAUUUAUGUGGACACUCAACCUAUGGCCAAGAACUUUUCCGGAAAACUUGAUCAACCUAUUCCGUAUCCUCAGAACUACCUCCGGACUCGUACAGACUCGGGAAGCAGCAGUAGAGUUCGUGAUCUGGCAGACAAAUUUGAAAGCGGCAGUCGACCUGGAUCCGCACACUCAGCUACACCGCGUAGCAGUGUGUUUGGAAACACCAUACCGAAAGACGAUCUUGUUCCUUCUCGUCCACUAGCUGAUCGUAUGGAGAGCUUCCGACCUCAUCUACCUGGUGGAUGGGAGUCGUCCGCUUCAAUUGCCCCAGCAGCGGCGCUCAGACGGCCGGAACCUACCAUAAACCGUACCCGGCCUAAUUCAGUUGCACCCACUGGUGAACCCAGAGAGGAUGUCGUCUCGUCUGCGGAGCAAGCUCCUUCGUCCAUGUCACAGAUCAAGGACGCAUCUGAGGAAGCCUUCACAGCUGUGACAGCAGCCGGAACUGCACUGGUCGGUGCCUUUGCCGCAGCUGUCGGAAUGGAUCAACAUAACGGGCCUGUAGCUUCGACUGCCGAAACUUUGUCAGACGAGCAAUCAGACGAAAGAACGUCCAAAGAUUCUGGAGCAGCCCCUCACAGACAUGACGUUCCUUUGAACACGGUGGUCAACCCAGAGGCUACAAAAUCAUACUUGUCAGAUCCUAUGAACGACGAAGCGUCGACUGCGGCACCCACUCCCCUCCUUAAGGAUACCCCUCUUCAUCACACCAAAGAUUCCGAGACCUCAAGUUACUUCUCACCUCCCGAAAAUCGAGAGCACCCCGGUUGGGCAAGUCGGAGCGAAGGAAUCGCGCCAGCAAACCGCCCAUCGAUGUUGCCAUCACUCAGCACUGGUACAGGGGGUCCUCAGUACGAGUCUGACAGGUUACGCAGAGAGAUCGUUAGAGAAUUGAGCCCCAUGAUUGCUAGCGAGCCGACGACUGCGCAGUCGGAUUACUCAAAUUACGAAGAUGCUUCAAGAUUAUCCACACAUCAAAGCUUGCCACGUCCUGGUCAUGAGAGCGGAGUCCUUCCAAGAGAAUAUGAAAGCUAUUGGAAUGACGCUAACAGCGACGAUGAUACAAGUCACUUUAGCGGCGAGCCGGACCGACUGGAAGAUGCCACGACUGCGCGCCGCGAGCAGGGCGCCGCAGUCGUUGGUGAGCCUUUGCGUCCACGUCACGUCGAACCAGACACUUUCGCUGGUGAACCCCUGCAUCCCAAUCGACUACAACAGGAUACACCCCCUGGUCCUAUCAACAUGGACGAAGGCUCUCGAGACAGUCCUCAGGUGCUGCAACAUCGGUUCUCAUGGGAGCAACCACUGCUAUCUCCACAGCCCAUUCCUGCAGAUCCAGAUACGAUCCACGAAGCUCCAAAUGCCCCUGUGUCUGACUUCCCAAGAUCUGCAGAUUCGGAUACAGUCAUUCAAGCUCCAGAUGCUCCAGUGUCUGAUUUCUUAAGGUCUACGGUAUAUCCUGAGGGUCAAUCUUUCCAACCCCGAGAUCGUCCUGGAACUUCCCAGUUGUCCACAAUGCCCAACCUCGCAGAUGCGCUUGAAAAUGACAAUUCGAGACUACUUGACCGAGAAGCAUCAUUUCCCGAGAGUCGAAAUGAUUCAGGUCAACAUGAUGAGACAGCAGGGUCUGAGAAAGAGUUGCCGGACUAUAACCCUAGCUUAGAGGUGGCGCCGUCAUCGUUAGAGAAGGAAGACGCAGGGCAAAAGGACUCUGGCUACGAUGAUGGCACGAACUACAUGGGCCAACAAAGCCCAAUGUUGCAAAGUGAACAGAGGCAAGACUUAGAGCCGCCUUUACUCGAGCCUUCGUUACCCGAGCCUCCUGCACACGAGUUUUCUCGGACCUUUGGUGCACAAGACGAUGAGCUCCCACCUUUGCCACCUCCCAAUGCCCAACCAAAGAUGGCAGCUUUCCGGGAAAUACUUGCUUUGAAGUCCGCUUCUGAUCGCAUCCGAGCGUACGAUGAAACUCGAGAACAGUUCGCCAACCUGAAUACUGGCCUUGCGCAAUGGCUUGCUAUCACAGCAAAUGAUCUUCCCGAGCAUGCAGAUUUACUGACAAAUUCUGCACGUCGUCCUGCUUUCCAGGGUCACAAGCCCUCUCCCUCAAGGUCAAAGCUCGGCGGGCUACUGCAAAGUGGAGGUCAUUCUAAUCAGAUAUAUGCAAACAGUUCACAGCCAGCGCCAGAAGGUGCUGCAACCGGCGGUGCUCUAGGCAAUGCUUCUCCAUAUGGACAUUCGCCCUCCGCGGGGUCGAGUGGUAAAAUAUCUAGUCAGCAAGUUCAGGCCAAAGGCAAAGAUUUAUUGCACACAGCAGGCGUUUUCGGAGGAAAGGCAAAUGUUGCUGCGAAAGGGUUGUUCUCCAAGGGCAAGAGCAAGCUCAGGGGCAACAGUGGUGCGGAAAAGGCUACUCUCGCUCCACCCCAACCCUAUAGCCCUGAGCCCCGAGGAAUGCAGCAACAGCAAAGGAUUAUCGAAGCAAGGCCUACCGUUCAAAGUGCUAGCAGAGCCGCAACCCCGUCCAACGUUCAACCCCUACAGGACCUGCGUGCCGGUUUUGAGGUAAUUACACCCCAUCCCACCGUUCUACCACAGCAAGACAACCCCGCCAUUGCCAGCGAAAACCCCAAAUCAGCCGCUGAGGAACCCCCAUACCAGCACGUCAAUCCGAAUGAAGCAGUUAUUCAAACACUAUCUCUAGAAUCUCAGCUAUUGCAUCCAUCUUCUGGGCAGAAAUCGCCUCGAGAUAUGCCUUCUCUUGAAAGUUUUACACAGAGUCAGGAGGGCGAUGAUGAACGUAGCGAAGAGUCCGCUCCUACAGACCAGGAACACCCUCCAAGAGCUUCUAGUCUAUACCUUAAAGGAAUUACCAGUCAGAGGCAAAGUCGACCUCCGCAAAUCCCAGCGACAAUCGGAGAUAAUGCUCCAAGUCUUCACAAAGAAACGCCAGUGGUAAAUUCACACAUUGGGUCUCCUAAAGAUGUCCAGACCCCUCGGUCCGCUACCAGCAGCAAUAAGACACCCACCCAAGCGACGUUCACCGAUGCUGGUCAACCUGCUAUACCGGCUGGGUUUCCAGUCACAUUUGACGGAACCAGCAUCCAGCAUCAUAGAGACGCGGGAUCAUCUCCUAGAUCCUCUUCCCAUCCACAGUCCGGCUUCUCUGCCCAGACUUCGAGCAACGAUCGUUGGGGCCAAGAGAUUGAAGCCGCUCCAAGAUUCUCACAGGAUUCCGAAGGCACGUUUUAUACAGCAGAUAGCGGAGAUGGCCUUCCAGAGACUCCAUUGCCGACACUGCCGAAUCCUCAAAACCAAUCGGCUGGCCUCGAUGCAUACUCGCCGGUUCCUGAAGGGGAAAAAAUGCCACACCAGUCAGAAACAUCCCAGAGGCAGCUUUUACAUUCACCCACGGACGUCCAAAAUGGCAGACCGGUAUCUCUGACACGUGAUUCCGUGAAUCCUCAAGUGCCAAUACAAGACUACUCGUGGAGAGGCCCGAGUAUCGACAGUGAUAUGGGUCGCAUAAACUUUGACCAUCCACCAUCACCUUUGACGCCAAGGCAGCCGGACAACCAUGGUGCUCUAGAGCAGAGAGGUCGGACUGGUCCAGUUCACUACGGCACUGAUCAUGAUUUUGACCGACCAAGCGAUACGGAACGAUCCCGGAGCCGCUCACCAUCGUUCCCCAGACAGCUACAAGACAUACGACGAUCACAAGAUUCCCGUCCAUCCCUAGAUCCUAAUAUCCUAGAGCACCCCGCCUUCCGGGCAGUUGCCGAGGGUAAUGGUAUGCCUGCGCAAUAUUACCGUGCGCAGCUCACGCGUGAUGACAACUUUACUCCACGUCAACAGACAGCAGAACACAUGGUUGUGGGUGGUGGACCAACUGUAGGGAGACGUUCGGAAAGUAAAUCACGGUCUAGGCGCGGCUCAAGAAGUUCUGCGUUCUUCAAAGCCUUCACCACCCCAUCGAAAUCAGAUCACCCCCCUUUGCCAAACGCGGCGGAUAGUCAAGCUAGCUCGUCGCCCAGAAAUUCUCCUGCCAUGGGAGACAGGAGGAGCAAAAGACUCAGCAUCUUCCGCUCUCGUAGCGGGGAUAUAGGAGGUGGAAGUGGAGAUAGCCGUAGCAAGGAAAAGAUGGCACCUCGGGAUGCUUCACCUCGAGAUUCUUUUACACAAGUGGCACAACAAGUCGGUCCAACGACACCAAGGCCCACUGAAGAAGACACUUCUUCAAAGGGUGUGUCGAGCAGACGGGCCAAGAAGCUACAAAGGGCGUCGACAUCGGCAAAGCCAGAACCAGACAGUGGGAAGAAGAGGAGGUUCUCGGUGAUUGGGGCAAGUACUCUGAGUUCCAUUGUGCAAGCAAGUUACUAA